UAAGAAUGAUCAUCGUGUGGUUUCUAGUUUCUGUGUUUUAACUUUGACGGAAGAUCGAUAAAGAUCAAACUUAGAAUAAGAUCGACAGCUUCUGAUGAUGAUCUCAUCUGUGUUGUCGUCAAUAUUAUUAGCAGCGGUAUGUCACGUUUCGUCAUUUUUCACAAGGUCCGGAAUGUUUUAGAACUCUCCAGAAGGCUCUCAGCUAACCUUAAGAGUGUUAGAGAGUGCAAGAACAUUCUAGAGAAACACACACAACUCUAGCCUCAAUAUUUUAAUAUUGUUUCUAGAUUCUUCCAUUUAAAUAUCUAGAUAUUUGUUAAGAGAAUUCUAGAGAAUCAAUUAUAACCGUAGGAUAGAUUUAAUCUCCACCGUCCAUUGAGGAGGUAGGAACAUUCUAGAUCCAAGGGGAGGCCUAUAAAUACCUCACCCCUCUUCAUUUGUAAAUCAUCCUUGAGUUCUUAAAGUAAUAAAACUCUCACACUCUCCAAACUCUCUCUACUCUCCUUUGCCUUCAAGCUUUCCCUUUUCUCUACUUAACCAAGCAUCCUCCUUUCAUACGAGUUAGGCUUACUUAGCAACUUCCAGUGAAGGUUGUCUAAGUGCCGCACGGGUUGAAAGACUAGCCCCGUGAUAGUUGGUAUCAGAGCUCGAUUCUACCGUUGUGCUUGAAGGAAUGUAUUGUACGAUGGCAACUGAGGAAGGAAACAUCGUUGGCACGGAAGCACAGGAGCAAGCUCAUGCACAACAGGAGCAAGCUCACCCCAGGUCCAAGCGAGAGCAAGGCCGGAGCAGGGCACCUGCAAGUGAGUUCCUUGAACCUCGUGUUGUUAGCUUGGAAUCUAACAUGGAGGAAGUGAGAACUACUAUAGGGAGACUCAACGAUCAACUCAACAAUUUCAUCCAAGAGAAUGGUGAGAUAACGCGGGCUGCCAAGUUAAUGAUUGCAGACCUUAACGAUGAUUUAGGGGAAGACAUUCGUUCCCUCAGACGUGAUCUCGCUGAUCUCCACAAAUAUGUAAGAGAUGAGGUGCGAGGUCUACGCUCUCAAAUGGAUGAGAUUAAUCAUGAAUGGAAAUCUCAUCACUGUGUGAGUAGCCCUAUUAGUGGUAGUACUUCAAAUGCCACUUUUCAGGGACUGAAAGUGCCCAAGCCGACCAUGUACAAUGAGGCACGUAGUGCCAUGAUUGUGGAGAACUUUCUCUUUGGCCUAGAAUAGUACUUCGAGGCCAUAAGAGUCUCUAACGACUUGAUCAGAAUCAACAAUGCUUCAACUUUUCUCCGGAAUGCAGCCCAACUAUGGUGGCGCAGAAAGCAUGCUGAGCGAGAGAAGGGCAUCUGCACUCUCAACACAUGGGAGCUGUUCAAGUCAGAACUCCACAAGCACUUUGUUCCCCACAAUGCUGAGACAGAGGCUCGAGGUAAGCUUCGUAGGUUGAGACAAACUAGUAGUAUUCCUAACUACAUUAAAGAGUUUACUACCAUCAUGCUCGAGAUCGAGGACCUGUCCGACAAGGAGGCUCUUUUAUACUUCAUGGACGGACUUAAAGACUGGGCGAGAGUAGAACUCGAUAGACGCAAAGUGCAAACUCUAGAUGAGGCAAUUGCUGCUGUUGAGUGCAUAAUCGACUACUCCACCAAGUCCAAAAAGCCUAAUCUUGGUAACAGUGGAGGAGACAAAGGAGGAUAAAAGAAGAAUUCCGAUCGUAAGGAUGGUGGUAAAUUUUUUGGUGGGAGUUCUAGACAGGAUAGACCACCCUCAAUCAAGCGUGAUGCCUCAAAGCCAUCGAAACCAUACUUCAUGUGCGAUGGUCCACACUGGACCCGUGACAGUUCCGGCGGUUAAUGUGGUGCCUGAAUGCGGGGAUCGAACAGUGAACUUCACUUCCUGCGGCUGCGAGUGAGUCGGAUUGUGGGGUCCAAAUCAACUUGAACAGCUGGACAAUUAUGUAUGUGUUUGUUUGUGAG